CUACUUCUGCUUUUCUGCAUAUGAAGAAGUGGCUCCACCCCAUGUAAGCAUAGACACAGAGCAGGACAGGACUGAGUCCCUGGACUACUGCCACCCGGAGCACAGCACCCGCCUGCAUGGACCAGAGUGUGGUCUAUGCGGAUCUGAAGUUUGCAGUGGCCCCCACCUGCCCCACAGCCCCUGAUGAGGACGACAGCCCCUAUGAGAACAUGCCUCUGGGGACAGUGGCCCCAGCACCCAGCCCAGGGAACUGGCCCCGGCGUUGGCGUGUCCCUGCAGGGCUGCUGGCAGCCAGCCUGCUGCUGCUGCUGGUGGCCACCAUUGCCCUGGGGACUUGCUACUGGCAGGUGACCCGCAGGCUGCAGGACACCUCCCGGGAGCACACGGCCGAGCAGGACCGCCUCUCUCAGGAGGUGAGUGCGCGGGAGCAGAGCCUGGAGCAGACGCGGCUGGAGCUGGCGUGGGCCAGAGCGGAGCUGCAGCAAGCGUGGCAGGAGGGCAACAGCAGCCAGCUGGAGCUGGAGAGCCUGAACGCUGAGCUGCAGUACACCAGGCAGGAGAUGGAUGUGCUGCAGAAGGAGAUGCAGGAGGUGCAGGUGAAGCUCAACGACAGCGAAAACACCGUGAGCAGCCUGCGUGCCUGCGUGAAUACAGAUUGCUGCCCCUUGGGCUGGGUGCUCUACAGGAGCAAGUGUCUCUUCAUCUCAGUGGAGAUGAAGACGUGGUUGGACAGCCAGAUGGACUGCAGAAGCAAAGGGGCUCAGCUGCUGGUCCCAGACAACUGGUCACCAUGGACGGUGCCGGUACCGAGCAGGGGGGCUGCAGCAUUCCCAGAGGGUGGGGGUGAUGGCGGGGCUGGGCAGACCCCUGUGGGUUCAGCAGCAGAACAUCUGCUGAAGUGCUGGGGUGACACUGUGAGCCCCAGGUUCCCAUCCCGGCAGGCUGCAGUUGGGAACACAGACAGCCCCGGGGCUCCUGGGCAGCAGCUGUGUGCUGGGCAGGGGGGCACGUGGCUGACAUCUUCUCUCCCCACAGCAUUUUGUGCAGGCGAGUGGUGCCAAGUACUGGAUUGGAGAGAAAUGUUCGACCUACUGUCCAAUAACAUCCUCUGGGAGUACAGGCAUCUUCUACUUGUAUCGGAAUUUCCCAUGGAUCUGUGAGAAGCCCCCAGAUCUGAGCAGCCCAUCCAAGACCCGCCUUCUUCUCCUGGCCAAGGGGUGAACUCUGAGACCCUCUCUCCAUCACAGGACUGAGGGACAGGAGCUGGGGGUGCACAACAAAGACACUCUGUCCCUCCUGCACAGCUACACCCCUGUGCACCGUUACCUCAACCGCAUUGCAAAGCUCAGGGGAUAUAGGUUGGGAAACAAGGUGUUUGCAUUUUUAAAACAAGACUUAUUAUGGAAACUGUA